UGUCACAGUGCCGGCAGUUAGUCGACUGGCUUUGCGCUUAGCAGGGUGUAAACAUGGGCCUCCCCGACAUUGACAACAUACCGGACACAGGCGCAGUGUUUACACUGGGCCGCAGUCGUUUCGCCGAUAACGUAGCGUCGCAUUUUUUUAUCCGCAAAGAUCCGGUGAUCAGCAUUGCCUGCGGCGACGAGCACUCGGCAGUUGUUUGUCAGAGCGGAAGGUUAUUCGUCUUUGGUAGCAACGAUUGGGGUCAAUUGGGUCUCGGCCACAAGAAUCACGUCAGCAAGCCUUCGUGCGUGAAAAGUCUCAAACCGGAGAAAGUAUCGCACGUGGCAUGCGGGAGGGCUCACACAUUGAUAUGCACAGAUGGGCAGAAGAUAUUUGCAUGCGGAAGUGACCAAGAGUCACAAUUGGGAAGAGGUCAACAGACUGUGGGCGAUAGUUCGAGCUCACCAAUUAUGAUUUACGAUUGUGGUAUGGAUGGACCCAAGGUGCUGGAAAUUGCUGCUGGAUCACAGCAUUCGCUGGUGUUGACCAGCGAUGGUGGAGUUCUCGCCUGGGGUAGCAAUUUAGAGGGACAGCUGGGGCUACAUGGGGUUUCCGGUCUCAUUAAUACACCUACGAGGGUUCAUAUACCGGAGCCAGUCAAGCAAAUCAGUGCUGGGUACUAUCAUUCGGCCUUUUUGACAGAGAGCGGAGCGGUUUACGUCUGCGGCGAAGCGGAAAGUGGAAAACUGGGCAUAGUCCUGGACUUUAGGACACAGUUGGCGCCCAAACAGAUGUCGCUAUCCGUGAAAGCUGCUCACGUUGCCUGCGGCGGUCAUCACACACUCGUUUUCGGAGACGACGGCAACAUCUACUGCACAGGGAGCAACGCAAGUGGGCAAUUAGGAAUGGGCACAAGUGUAACCGAAAUUCAAACCCCAAAACAGCUUGCACGUGGUGCAUUGCAGGACGAGAGCAUCAUAAAAGUUGUUUGCGGUGAAAGUCACAUUGCCGUUGUUACAGGCUCUGGUAAAAUUUUCACGUGCGGCGAUGGUAGACACGGGAAACUGGGUCUCGAGGAGAACGAGAAUAACGUACACGAGUUGACACAUGCUAUCAAGUAUCAGGAGCUCUUUGUCACAAAUGUUGCAUGCGGUGGUUGUCACACUAUUUUGGUUGGACGGAGGCGGGAAAUGGAAAAUGGGGAUGAUGAAUCUAAACAAAUGAAAAUAAAUGCACUACCCCCUCUGAAAGUCCCCGCAUCGCGCAUCCAAAACGACAGUCCCCCCGCAAAGCCCGAUGGCCCCAUCAUCGGUAACAACGAGGAGAGCGAAAACGAAAUCGCCUCGGAGAAGCUCGAAAACGACGAGACGGAGGAGCCAAAGUCUCCGCCAAACGAAGUGGAGAAACCAGAGCCCCCGAAGAUGCCGUCGGACUACAGCGAGUCCGAGGAGAUUAAAGUCAAAGAAGACGAAAUGACUAACGAAAAACACCAGAUGCAAAAGGAACCUGAUCCUUCCGACGAGAUCAACGACGCUGAGAACCCCGAGGAAGGGGAAAAACCAGAGGGAGUGGAGAGACCAAAGUCUUCCGUAUCGAGGGUCAGUCGAGGUGACGACGAGAUGAAUAAGAUGAACGAAACUAAUUCGAAUAAUGAAACAAAUUCAAAAGAUGAAACAAAUUCGAAAGAUGAGAUUAAUGAAAAAGAUGAAGUGAACGAAGCGAAUGAAAUAACGCGAGGGAAUGAAAACGAAAAAGAAAAAAUUGUGGAAGAAAAUCCCAACGGCGAGGAGAUGAAUAAAGAGCCUGCCGAGUCACCCCCACUUCCGGUUCCGCCGCCGAAACCUCCGCGCCAGAAGACCGGAAGUGCGGAGAGUGGAUCCUCGAGUGGUGGCAACAAAUCGAGAAAGAGCUCCGGGAAAAUGUCGAUUCUUGAGGCAAAUGCGAGCCUCGAAGAGCCUCAGGAAAACACGGAGGGACAUGAUGAGGAGGAGGAGAAGAAGAGUGAAAGGGGGUCGGGGAAAAAAUCGGCGGGGAGUGAGAAAAGUCAAUCGGGAAAAUCGAAGGCUGAGUCGAAUGAAACUGUGCCGAUGGAGGCAGUCAUUCAGAGCAGUAUAGACCAGAUAGGGAAUGAGGUGGCGAAUCAGGUGGACAAGGUGGAGGAGAAGGCCAUGGAGACUGUCGCAGCCAUCGGGGAGAAGAUUGGGAUUGCCGGUGAUGAUGCUGACGUCGUGCAAUCGCCCGUUUCUCGGGGAGGAAAAAUAUCAAAAUUAUUUCAUCUCAGAAGACAAGAAGUCGAGAAUGGAAAUAAACUAGGCAGUCCGCAACAAGUAAAAGCUAAAUCGAAAACCUGCAGUAUCCUGUGAUCGAUCAAGACUACCACGAAUCACCUCCAGGGAUUCCUCAACUAUAUUUUUUAUAAAUGAAAAAACCGCAAAAAAAUGCGAACGCUGUGUUCGGGACCAAGGACGGGCAUUACCACCGAAAAUCGUCCGAGCCACCAAAGAAAAUAGGAUAAUAACUUAAUAAUAAUCAACAGUUGAACCCCCCUCAUCCCACCAUUCUCGAAUAAAAAAAUAUAAAUACGAGAAAUUCCAUUAUUUAGACGUGCGUUAUUAAACACGUAGGAAAUAAUUUUAUAGAUAAACCUAGUGGACUCAAAAAUUCGAUUGAAUCUUUAUGAUGCUUUAUAUUGAUUUUAGGCCGCUUCUGUAGAAAAAUUCUGCAACUUAUCUGGGUUUUUUAAAUAAAAAUGUUCAAUGAGAAAUAUUCUUUAUUAAAAAACGUCAAUAGAAUUCGAUUUUUCUGUACAACUUAUUUUAUUGGGAUAUCUUCUAUAGGAAUUCUAUAGAAGUUCCCGGGCACAAGGUUUUCAUGUAUUUUAUGAUAUUUUUAUUGAUGAAAAAAGGAGAAAAAUUAAGUGAAAAAAUUGGAAAAUUUAUGUUGAAGAAUUCUUAUAGAAAAUGCCUCAGGAAACAUAGUUGUAUAGAAAGUUGUAUAGUUUCUAUAAAAUAGUUUCUAUUUACUAGACGUGUAGUAAAUCCACAAAAUUCUUCAAUAGAAUCGAUGAA